AUGGCCACCUCUCCCCAGAAGUCGCCCUCCGCCCCCAAGUCGCCCACCCCCAAGUCGCCCCCUUCCCGCAAGAAGGACGACUCCUUCUUGGGCAAGCUCGGAGGCACGCUGGCGCGGCGGAAAAAAGCCAAAGAAGUGUCUGAGUUACAAGAAGAAGGAAUAAAUGCUAUUAACUUACCGCUCAGCCCAAUUCCUUUUGAACUAGAUCCUGAAGAUACUAUGCUAGAGGAAAAUGAAGUCCGAACAAUGAUUGAUCCCAAUUCGAGAAACGAUCCAAAACUACAGGAGCUGAUGAAGGUGUUAAUUGACUGGAUUAAUGAUGUGUUGGUAGGAGAACGCAUCAUUGUGAAAGACUUGGCUGAGGACCUGUAUGAUGGCCAAGUACUGCAAAAACUCUUUGAGAAGCUUGAGAGUGAGAAACUCAACGUUGCUGAAGUAACGCAGUCAGAAAUAGCUCAGAAACAGAAGCUGCAGACAGUACUUGAAAAGAUCAAUGAAACCCUUAAACUCCCUCCAAGGAGCAUCAAGUGGAAUGUUGACUCUGUCCAUGCUAAAAGUCUAGUUGCGAUACUGCAUCUUUUGGUUGCAUUAUCACAAUAUUUUCGUGCCCCAAUCAGACUGCCGGAUCAUGUGUCCAUUCAAGUUGUUGUGGUCCAGAAACGCGAUGGAAUCCUCCAGUCCCGACAAAUACAAGAGGAAAUUACUGGUAACACUGAGGCGUUGUCAGGACGGCAUGAACGGGAUGCAUUUGACACCCUAUUUGAUCAUGCUCCAGACAAACUCAAUGUUGUGAAAAAGACUCUCAUAACUUUUGUGAAUAAGCACCUGAACAAGCUUAAUUUGGAAGUUACGGAGCUGGAAACCCAGUUUGCAGAUGGAGUGUACCUGGUGCUCCUGAUGGGUCUUCUUGAAGGUUAUUUUGUGCCUCUACACAGCUUUUUCUUGACUCCUGAUAGUUUCGAACAAAAGGUUCUUAAUGUGUCCUUUGCAUUUGAGCUAAUGCAAGAUGGAGGGCUGGAAAAACCAAAACCAAGGCCAGAAGACAUUGUCAAUUGUGAUUUGAAGUCAACCUUGAGAGUGCUGUACAAUCUGUUCACGAAGUACAGAAACGUAGAAUGAAGAAUUUGUUGGGAUUGCCACAGAUGGCUGUAAAGGAACCAACCAAGGAAGCCACUCCCAUCUUUGCAGUCUUUUUGCUUUAAUUAAACACUGUUCUUUCCUCAAAGGAGACGCCACGCUUCUCAGAAU